UUCAAGCUUAUCAAGCUUCACAAAAAAUCGAACCAACUAGUAGACCAACAUAUUACAAAAACUACAUGAAUGUUUAUUUAAUAGCAUCAUACACAGAUAAUAUUUGGAAUAAUUUAGAAGAAUAUGAUAAUGAUAUUCUAACUGUAGAACCAGUUGUAAGAGGAUUUGACCCAAAAGACCUUCUACUGGAAUACCAAAUAACUGAAGCAGAUAUAAUUCAAUCAAAAAACUUAGAUAUGAUUCAACUUGAAGAGUACACUAAAGAAAACUUUCAACAGGUAGCGGCAACAAAUAAGUACAUUAAAAUGUACCCUGAAUUACUAGAAGCAAUUUAUCCUAACCCCAAAAAAGAUCUAACACACGGCUACUGCCCUAAGUAUUACAACCCUAAAAUUCAUAACCCUAAAUCAACAAAAAGUAAUAAACUAUUAGAAUAUAAUUUUGAAAUAAUUACUAUAAAAGACAAUACUAGUGAAACUACCGAAGAAUUUAAUAGAUUUA